AUGCAGGCAGGUUUCAAGUGCCCCAUUUGCUCCAAAUCUGUGGCUUCUGACGAGAUGGAAAUGCACUUUAUCAUGUGUCUGAGCAAACCUCGCCUCUCCUACAACGAUGACGUGCUGACCAAGGACGCCGGCGAGUGCGUGAUCUGCCUGGAAGAGCUGCUGCAGGGGGACAGGAAAAAAAAGCCCUGCCUCUGCAUUUAUCACAAAAGCUGUAUAGACUCAUGGUUUGAAGUGAACAGAUCUUGCCCGGAGCAUCCUUCUGAUUGA